AUGGACUCCGGAUCUCCAUCGCGAAAGCACCCUCGCUCGGAUGCCUUCGCAUCCGUAGCAGCAUCUCUCGCGCCUCCAAACAAACGCCGGCGCACAACGUUUCUCUGCAACCCGGUUCCUCAAAACCUUCUGAAUGGGGUUAGUCCAUUUGCGAAGUACAAUCGAAAUGUCGGUUCACAAACACCUGCGGGCACUUCCUCGGUCUCCGGCUUGGCUUCGGCAAAACAAUCGGAUACACACAGCGUAACAAGCAGUACGGGUAGGUCUAGGCUCGCUGAGCAGAUCCGAAGCUUUGCACCAAAACCUCUUAUGUCCCCUUUUGCUGCGCGUGCUGCGUUGAAAAAUAAGAGCUUUGGUGCUUCAACUCUCCGCCGUACUACAUCUGCCGCCGGCCCUAGUGUUAGGGGCCCGAAUGGAAGUUACAGUCGUCCGUCUUCUAGGGCCGGUUCGGUUGCGUCGGCAGUUUCACCUCCUGCUCCGCGACCUGUAUCAGUGAUCGGGGGUGGAUUGUUUACCCCUGCUAAACCCGUUGCUACGCCCGCCAGGAGAAUUCACCAUCCUGACUUCUCUUUUGAUAACAAACCACCCCCGUCCUCUUUCCGGUUUACAGCUGGUGACUCUCGUGCGAAUACUCCGACUGCGCAAUCGUCCGGAAUUACUUCCCGCGCGCAUACUCCUGUUCGUCGCGGGCCGACUAUGGGCUCGCCUAGUGUGUCCUUCUCCUCCAGAGUGUCUCCGGCCGCUCGUAGGACAUCACCUGCGGAAAGCAAAGCUCGCGCUGAUAGCAUUCUUGGAUUUUUCAGCAGCAGCCUCGAUAAAGCGAGGCAAGCACUGGCGGGAAACAGGGCUGAUCGCUUGGAGGAGAAGAGACAGAAGGAGAAGGAAGCUAUUAGGAAACAAAUGGAGGAAGACGAGAGGAUCAGAAGGAUAGAGAUAUUCGAGCGAGAACUGGAGAGAGAGGAAAGAGAGCUGCAGGAAGAAAUGGAGAGAAUAGAGGACCGGAAGAGGAUGAAAGAGCAGGAGGAGAUCGAAAGGAGGCAAGAGAGGGAAGAGAGGGCUGCUGAGGCACAAUUUAUUUCUUCUGUCAAGCACAGAAGUCAGGAGGUUCAGCUAAGCUUCAGCGGAGCCAAUGGAGGUCCUUCUUUUGUCACGGAGGAUACGAUUCCCGAUACGAUCUAUACUGACUAUAAUACUCAAGGGAGUCAUUAUGGCGUAACAUCUACGUUUCGAGACGGUCACCUUGCCCAAUAUUCUUCGCAGGAGUUGCACUCCCGUCCUAGUGUAUCUUUGGGCGUUACCAUCAACAACAACCCAGAUAAGCUACCUCAGCCUCCUCAAUUACAACGGGACCUAGCCUUACGUAUGGAGGGGGAGAGAGACCGCGAAGAGGGCGGCGCAUGGGAGCCCGAGGCCAGGGCUCCCCAGCAGCCCCAGAACAAUGUUAUAUCGUUAGAUUCCGAUGAUGGCGACGACAAUAAUGGUGAUUCAGAACAAGAAACCCUACGGUUUGCCCCCAUGUUUUCCCUUCAUGAAGGGGCUUUUUUCUUUUCUUUUUGGCUGAUAUCCGGAAUAGGAAGCCCUCGUUUUUGUUUUCCCACAUGCCCACUCGGGAAGACGCCCCAUCUGAUGGUGGUUCAUCUCAGGAGCUUGAUGAAGACGAGUAUUAUGAGAAUGAGGAAUAUGAGAGGGAUGAUUCAAGAAAUUAUGAAGAGGGAGAAGAAGGGGAGUACGGGGAAGAAGAAUUUGAAGAGGAUGCAGAAGCUGAGGAGGAGUAUGAAGAAGGGGAAGAAGUUUCAACUAUGCCGAGGCGGUUUGCGGUAGAAGAUGAUGAGAUCGAGGAAGUUAUUGAGGAAUUUGGCUCUGAACCAGCUGAAGACUCUGACGGAGCAGAAACGGAUCAAUAUGAUGCUAAAGCUGAAGGGGAAUACGAGGAGGAGGAGACCGAAAAGGACGAUACCGAUACUGAGAGAAUUGUUGAAUGGAAAAUUCCUAGGGUCGGCAAAGGCGAAGAUCCUGACCGCAGUCUCGGUUCAACCGUCUUGCUUCCGAGCCAGCCGACAUCCUUUACUAACAAGGGGCCGGUCUCGCCCGGCGAUGUCCCUUCGGACCCGGAAAGGACUCCAGUGCCCGAAGAUCGCUCCUGCCCCGAAGCUCCCCGGGAGCCAGGUCCAGUCCAAUCCACCUUGGGAAAUAGCUUUUUUGGUGCCCAACAACCCACAGAAGCCCAACCGAUACCCGUCAAAGUAGAAGCAAAUUUAUCCGCACCUACUUCCCUAGUUUCUGAGAAUGAUGUUCGGUCUGGAAGUGAGGAGCUCCAAGUCGCUGAGAUGAGUGAUUCCGGGAGGCAGCCCAGCUCCCCCAAUAGUAUUAUUGUCAUCGGUCGCAGCGUUAAUGGCGACCCCGAGGAUUCCGAAGCUUAUUCGCAACGCGAGGAAACCCAAGAGCCCAUCGACUUAGGGAUUACUGUCAAAAGAGAAGAUGUCUACAAUAAAAAUAAGAGACAUAUUGGGACAAUCGACGAGCAGGGAUACAUUUAUGCGAAUACCGACGAGCAGGCGAUUGGCUUUAUGGAUCAAUGGGGCCAAUUCUUCACCGUUGGCCAUGAAGGAGAGGGUGCGAGAGAUCUUUCCGAUAACGAACUAAACGGCAUGCCUUCUGAGGACGAACUUGAAUAUGAAGCUGUUAGCGGCAAUGAUGAGGCUGCCGAAGAGGCUAUCAAGGAAGUUGGUAGAGAUCUAAAGGAUGUUCCGGGAGGUGUUCAUGACCAAGGCCGUGUCAGCUCAGAGAGUGUGGGGUCUGAGGAGGAGCUGAUUGAACCUUCAGCAGAAAAGGUCACCUGCAGCGACGAUGAACAGGAAGAUGAUGCAGAGGUCUUAGUUGAAGAGGAAAAGCAAGUUGGCCUUGAAAUUGGUAACCAAUGCGAGAGGAUGGCUAGUAGCCCGGGGGAGACGGCGUUUCCCCCAGCAAAAGAAGGUGUUGAUCGGCUCAUUGGGUUUCGCCAUGACCAGGAGGAGCCUUCACAGACACCAAACUCCAAUCGCUUCUUGAGCAACAAAGACAUUUCGAAAAACCUGGCCCUUACGGCAGGUGGGGCACUGUUUGUGAAGCCUCCUGCGAGAGAAGAGUGUAUAGUAGAUGAUACCAUUGAAGAUGAGCCGGAAAUCCCCGUCGAUCCCGAUCUAGAGAUGCAGCAGGCGCUUACCCCCGCAUCUGAUGACGGAAAUUCGUCGCCGAUGGCUGUAGACGAAGAACCUAAAGAACGGGGAGAGUCACCUGAUACAGCAAAGGACCCAAAGUCGAAUGACGAAGGAAAAGGGCCUGGGGUGACGGAGGAGUUGGACGAGUUACCUGAGGCUUCGGAUUUGGUCAUCGUAGAAGACGGUGAAGAUGAGGAAUCCGGAGAUGACCGCCCUGCCCUCUACCCGAUGUUACCUGAUUCUGUCUGCGAUCGAAGCUCGAUAGCGAGGGAGUUUACACGCGAAGCUACGGUCGAAACGGUAGAGUGGGAUGGUAGCACAGAUGCACUUUACGAGGGUGUUCGCAUUGCGCUUGAGGGGGUGGAGGGGUCCGGUGAAUCUAGUGGGGAGCCUUCGCAGUCAGAAGAGCCUGUGGAGUCAGAUGAGGAGAUCGAAUUAGUAGAAGAUUUGGAUGAGAUUGAGGAGGUUGAGGUUGAGGUUGAGGUUGAAGGGGUUGGGGAGAAGGGGGUGGGUGAGGUAGUCGACGCUGAAUUCGACUCGGGGGAAUUGGAGUCGGGUCGGGAGAAGCAGUCAGCGGAGGAGUCAGCACAGGAGGGUGAGCUGGGGCCAGUAGAAGAGGGGGCGGGAGUCGUGGAGCAAACAGAGGAGGCUGAUUCGGAUGGGGGUGCCAAGUCAGCUACGUCGGGGAUAGAUCUCGCCGGCCAGGUCGAAACCGAAGAGUUCCAGGCAGAGGAGCUUGAGGCCGGUGUACAGGCAGAUAUUGAGGAUACAAUUGAUUCGGAAGUCGAUAUUCCAGACAACAUCUCGGAGGAGCCGGUUGCAUUAGUCGGUUUAGGGCAUCGGUAUAAUGAUAAUACAAAUUCUGCCCAUGAACCGCAGGAGAAACAGCGAAAUCAAACGUCCGGAAUUGAGGUUAUUGUUGAAAUCGAUCAUGCACGGCAAAUCACGCCGGUCUCGGAAAAUGCAGCUACAACCCCUCCGCAGUUAGAAGCAACCCCUCCUAAACGCCGGAGGGCCGAUCCAAAACCGAAUUACCCGCACCCCGACUCCCCACUCUCUGGCGACAGUCCAGUGCAGCAGAAGUCAGGAUCAGUUGGCGAUGAUAUCCAAAAUCAGGAUGCAGGUGAAGCUCCCGCACCCACCAAGAGGAAGCGGAUCAGAAAGCACCGCCGGAGGAGAAGGCGCAAGUCCGGAAUUGACCCGCUCUACGUUCCAUCGCCACAGGAGCUUGAACAAGACGCGGAAGAUGAAACUGAUUCGGAGAUAGACCAACCAGCAGCCAAACGUCGAAAAUACAAGGCAAAAUCGGUUACCACAACUCCGGCCAAGCCUAUCAGGCUAGAUGAAGAACUAGAGUCGGGUUCGAAGGUCGUGGGGACUGUGGCUGCUGCUACAGAGGUGGCAAGCAUUGGGGAAAAGCGCGAGUGGAAAGUCAAGCUAGGAGAAAGGGGUGUUGUACCAAUGUUUACAUCUGAAGAAACCAGCAUUCCUCUAGGAAAAGCGUUAAGGGAUGGAAAAGUUGUUCAGCCCCCUCCCUUGAUUGUCACCCCCCCCAAGCGGGCUAAACGCGGCCAGUCGGCAGAGCCAAAGGUGUUUAGCAGGGAGAAUUCUGAAGAGCCUGAGGUGAGAGCACUUCGGAAUCGAAAUGUCGUGGUGAACCGCGGCCGAUCCGUAUCGGUCGAACCUUCCGCCGGCGAGAGCGAUACCGGCAGGGCCCCCAAACGGAUCAAGCGAGGUCCCUCCACUCAGCCAACAGUACCUAGCAGAGGCAGCUCAGAGGAGCCGGAAGUCCGAGCGCUUCGGAAUCGAACUGUCGUCGUCAAUAGGGGUCGAUCUGCCUCGGUUGAGUUGUCAGCAAGCGAAACAGAUACCGCUGGGGGUGGAUCUAGACGCAAAACUCGGUCCGCAAAGACAGCCGUUCCGGAGGCACCAAGUACACCUAAAAAGAAAGGCAAGAAGGCUGCGGAACUGCCCCUAAGUAGUAUCAAGGAGGUGGUUGCCGAGGAAUCUCCAAAGAAAAACGCCAGAGCUGCUCGGAAGAAGUGA